UUGGGUGAGCCAAGAUCAGGAAAUAUUACUAGUUCCAUAUUAUCAUUUAUCAAAGACACAGUGUGCAAAUAGGAUUUAGAUCUCUUGUUUUGUUUUGAUUUAUUUGGUUUUGUUUGAAUUGUUUUGUUAUAUUUUAUUUUUUAUAUUUUAUUCAUUUUUCUUUAAAAAGAUCCCCAAUGAACUGCACCUCGGUCCAGUAGAUGGCGGUAAUACACUUAGCUUGUAAACUGCCAUAAAACACAACAGAAGAAGAAGAAGAAGUUCAGGCGGCCAUCUUGCCACAGCCAAGCUUUCUAGCGGGAUCUGUGGUACCUGAGGAGAUUGCUGACUUUAUUGCCAGUGAAGAUGCCAGACGUUUGUGCAGCCUACAGAUGCUCUAAUCGCCGCUGUCUCGAAACGAGAACCCGUGGGAUCACCUUUCACCUGUUUCCCAAAACUGGAGAGAGGAGGAGGAAGUGGGAAGUUGCCCUAAGAAGGGACAGUUUUGCUGCCUCUGACAGGACACUGCUCUGCAGUGAGCACUUCAGGAGUGAGGACUUUGACAGGACGGGGCAGACUGUCCGGCUUAAAGAUGGUGUUGUGCCAACCAUUUUCAACUUUCCAGCUGAUCUUCAAAGGUCAGUAGCAACAAGAAGCACAACUACUUCUAGUAGAGCGGAUGACAACCUGCCAAUGGACUUGAUGCCUGAUGUUGGAGCCACUGGAGAGAGGAGACUGAGGUGCAAGCGGCAGGCCACUGACCACUUAUAUGCAUUGCCUGCUUCCCCUAAGGCUAUAAAGGCCAAACUUGAAGAAGCUUCAGCGAGAGUGAGGAAACUGCAGCGGGAGAAGAGUAAUGCCUUGAGGAGAGAAAAGAGGGCCAAGAACAACAUGCAGGCUCUUCUGGAGGAACAGUUUUUUUCAUAAUGGUAUGUAUUGCAUUGUUAUGAAUUGAUUCAAGGAGGUUUAGUGUCAUAAAAGUAAUUUUAAGGAUCCUAAACCUCACACUGAUUAUACUUUAAGGUCA